GAGCUCUCCAGCUUCCGGUGGUGAGGCACUUCCCGCGCUCAGCUGUCCCUCAUUUGACUCCUCUCCUCCUGCAGAAGUGCAGCUCCGCUACCGACUAAGACUCAAUCAUCCUCCACAUAAUCAUGUCUUCUGGAAAUGCUCAGAUUGGGAAGCCUGCCCCAGACUUCACAGCCACGGCGGUAGUAGAUGGACAAUUCAAGGAGGUCAAACUGUCAGACUACAGAGGGAAGUAUGUUAUAUUCUUUUUCUAUCCGUUGGACUUCACGUUUGUGUGCCCCACCGAGAUCAUCGCCUUCAGCGACCGGGCCGAAGAGUUCCGUCGCAUUGGGUGCGAGGUGCUCGGCUGCUCCAUAGACUCCCACUUCAGCCACCUGGCAUGGAUCAACACACCCAGGAAGCAGGGAGGUCUGGGUAAUAUGAACAUCCCCCUCGUUGCAGACCUCACUAAGUCCAUAUCCAGGGACUACGGGGUUCUGAAGGAGGACGACGGCAUCGCCUACAGGGGUCUGUUUGUUGUUGAUGACAAGGGCAUACUGAGGCAGAUCACCAUCAACGACCUCCCUGUGGGUCGCUCUGUGGACGAGACCCUGCGCCUGGUCCAGGCCUUCCAGCACACCGACAAACACGGAGAGGUGUGCCCUGCUGGCUGGAAACCCGGCAGUGAGACCAUCAUCCCCGACGUGGAGAAGAGCAAAGCUUUCUUCUCUAAACAGUAAAGGGAAACUCCUGUCCACCGGACUUCCUGCCUGCACUUGCUUAUAAACCACAUAGUAUCUCCUGACAUUCAAUCUAAUCUAAAACAAAACUGUCAGCCUGUCUAGAAAGAAUCUUCUGUUCCAAACGUGACAUGUUCACCCUACAAUCGGUGGGAUAAGUCUAGUCUCAAGCACUGAAAGUACCUUUUGGUUGUUUUUUUUGUUUGUUUUUGUUUCCAAGUAAAGUAUUGAUAUUUUCCCUUGCUGUUAAUGAUUUGCUACCAUUGAUAUUAAACCAGCGGAAAUGUUA